AUGAGUAAAACCUUUCAACCUUCGAUUGUCAUGCUAACUAUUUUCCUAAUUCUUGUUACAUCACAAAGAAGAAAAUGUGAUGAAAAGAUAGUAUUGCAAUUUUGUAAUGGUAGAAAUAGAUGUUAUGAAUAUUGCGACACGAAAGAAUGUGUUGCUGCAUGUAAAAAAAAGAGGAAUGGGGAAGGUAUUUGCAAUGGGGACGUCUUUUCUGUGAGUGCUCAAUGCUUAUGCUUAUAUAAAUGUUGAGUUUAGAUGAUGGAAGAGAGAAUGAAUCGAACAUGCUCAUGAUCCUUAAUAUCUUCCUACAAAAAAAAAAAAAAGCUAUGGCAUAAAAGUUGUUGUGAGAAAUCACAAAAAGGAGAAGUUUUUAUAAGCUGGUGGUUUUUCAUCCACGUAUGUUAGUUGGAUUUUUUGAAAGAG